AGCAACCAAACUAGGCGGACCUCAAACCAAUAAUUAAUCAGAUUCAAAUACUCUGCCCUAAUUUCUCACUUUCGAGUCCGCGACACUCCAAACACACUCUCAUCUUUCGACUCCGCACCUAAUUGCUGUGAUUUCUUUCUUUAUCGCUCAAUCUCAAGCUUUAUUUCUCGAUUUUUUGUGGUAAUUUAGGCUGAAAGUUCGAAAAUUUAGAUUGAUUUGAGUGAAAAUCUUGAUCUGGAAGUGAAAGUGGGGGGUUCUCAAACUGGCAAUGGAUUACGAGCCAUUUGAUAGCAGCGGAACCGACGAUGAUCUCCCUCCAUCACAUCAAAACAGAGUGAUAAGAGGUGCGAACGUGGCAGGGAACGGAAGAUCUGGGGUUGUAGGUGCUGUUCCAUACGCUAGGGUUUAUGGUGAAACUGACAUGGAGGCCCAGAUUCAUCAUCUCGAGCAAGAAGCGUAUAGCUCAGUUUUAAGAGCAUUUAAAGCUCAAGCUGAUGCCAUUACUUGGGAGAAAGAAAGUUUAAUAACCGAGCUCAGAAAAGAAUUGAGAUUAUCAAAUGAAGAACACAGAGAGCUACUUGGAAAGGUUAAUGCUGAUGAUGUUAUCAGAAGAAUAAGGGAGUGGAGACAGUCCGGUGGGCUGCAACCUGGCUUGCAUACUGCUAGUCAAGCUGUUCAUGAUCCAGUGCCCAGUCCCUCUGUCUCGGCAUCUCGCAAGAAACAGAAGUUAAACCAAUCAGUACCUUCUCAAUCGUUUGGCGGACCAUCUCCUUUUCACCCAGCAGUGGCUGCACAGAACCAGCCUUCUUCAUCAGCUGCAAGACGAGGACCUAUCUCACGAGUCAAGGGGAAGAAGCAAAAAAGUGGUCACAUUUUGCCAGGUGUCCCUUCAAAAACACAGUACCCUCCACCAGGUCCAACUCCUCGGGGGCUGCUUGGCAAUCGUAUUUCUGGUGCCCAUGGAAGUGAACCUGCUGGAGCCUCGUCUUAUUCUCCAUUAAUUGGUAGAAAAGUGAGAACCAGAUGGCCUGAUGACAAUAACUUCUAUGAAGCUGUUAUAACUAACUACGACGAAGCUCAGGGUCGGCAUUCUCUUGUUUAUGACAUGGGUACUGCAAAUGAGACAUGGGAGUGGGUCAAUUUGACAGAGAUCUCCCCUGAGGAUAUACAGUGGGUGGGGGAAGACCCAGGAAUUUCUCGUCAAGGGGGUUAUGGUGGUUCUGGCCCCGGAAUGAAUAGAUCUGGUGGUCCAGGUCCUGGAAGAGGUAGGGGGUUGCCAAAAGGACAAUCGAGAAAGGAUUUUCCACCUUCACAGAAUGGCAUAGGAAAGAAGAGUAUAGAUGAUAUACAAUUGCUGCAUACAGAUGCUCUCAUUAAGGAGGUGGAGAGAGUUUUUGGUGCAAGUCAUCCUAAUCCAAUUGAAAUGGAGAAGGCCAGAAAAACUUUGAAGGACCAUGAACAAGCACUCACUGAUGCUAUUGCACGGAUAGCAGAAAUAUCUGAUGGUGAAAGUGGUCUUGCUGAAGGGCUCUAUGCUUGAGAAAUUUAUGCUCGUAUGUGGUUAUUGAUCUCAGUCAGAUGAACGUCGUCAUUUCAUGCAUGGUCAAAAGAUGGACAGAGAAUAACGGAGGAAGGAUACAUGAGAUUAUAGAGUAGCGAAGUGUGACCAUUGACUUGAGAUUUGGUAGCAACCAGAUAAAAGCAAAUGCCAUUUUAUAUACAAGCACAAUUCGAUCGUAGCUUUCUUGUUGUAUCAUGCUAUAUUUCCUGUUAUUUAUUUCAGUGUUGGUUUAGUGUAGCUUGAAAGUUCAAUAGUUAGCAUUGGCAAAGUGGUUAGAUGGAUGAUAAUUUCCAUAAAAAGUUAUCAGAGCAUCACUGUAAAAUUAUUGUAGUGGCCAUUAGCACAUGCCAUUCAUUUACUGGUUUUUCAUAACUUCAAUUUGUUCGGUUUUUUCUA